AUGGUGGAGAGAAACUUCAUGAAAGUAAUGAAUGUGGGAAAGCCUUCAGUGGGAGCUCACAUCUUAUCCUACAUCAGAGAAUUCAUACUGGAGAAAAACCCUAUGGGUGUAGAUUGUGGAAAAGUUCUUAGUCAGAGCUCUUAUCUUAUCCUACAUUCGAGAAUUCAUACUGGAGAGAAACCCCAUGAAUGUAAUGCCUGUGGGAAGGCUUUCAUUCAUAGCUCAAGCCUCAUUCAACAUCAAAGAGUUCAUACAGGACAGAGAUCAUAUGAAUGCAAUGAAUGUGGGAAAGCCUUUAGUCGGAGUUCAACCCUCAUUCAACAUCAAAUAAUUCAUAUUGGGGAGAAAAUAUAUGGAUGUAAUGAAUGUGGGAAAACCUUUAGAUGGAAUUCAAACUUGAGAAAACACCAGAGAAUUCACAUCAGAGCAUAA